CAAUAAAUAUUUUGAGUAUUGAAGUCUUACCUCAUAAUAAAUACGCGAUUUUUUACUUGUUAACUUAAGGAAAGGUGUAUCGUGUUUAAAAUAGAUUUGUACAUUAAGUGAUAGUUUGUGAAUUGUUAUAAUUUUAUUUGCUGAAUCAGACGUCGUAAAUAUUUCGCCUUCAUUUUCUUCUAUCAUUUUGGAUCUUGAUCAACUUUUUGCCUGAUUGCUUAGAAAAUUUAUAUCCUUUGCGAUAAUAAAUGUUAUAAAAAUAAUAUAUUUUUAUAAGUUGUGUAGAGAUUUGUUAUGAAGAUGCCUUCAUCAGAAUCUGAUUUUCAAAACUAUCAUCAGAAAUACCGAAAUCUUAAGAGGAAGCUUAAAGUUCUUAUAUAUGAAAAUGAAUGCUUUCAAGAGGAACUGAAGAAAGCACAGCGAAAGCUUCUCAAAGUAUCUCGAGACAAGAGCUUUUUGUUAGAUCGCCUUCUCAGAUAUGAAACUGUUGAGUCUUCAUCUAGUGAUUCUGAGGCAACUGUUUCUAGUGAUUCAGAUAAUGAAUUCAGGGCAGAACUUUUGACUCUCAAAAAAAAAAGAACUGCAGUGAAUGCUGAAAAUCAAGAUGCAAAUGCUACAAAUUCAGCAGCUAAUAAUGCACAAAGUGGUGAUAUGAAGAAGAAGAAAAGCAGAAAAACAUGUCUUUCUAAACCAGGCAUUCCUCAGAAUUCUUCAAAUGCACUAAUUGAAGGUUUAGCUAUUAGCCAUGGUGAUGGUCAUAUGACAUCAGAAGAGAUUGAAAGGCAUUUAGAAGCAAAACAAUCCUUACGAGAUUUAAUACCAGAAAAAACGCCAUUAACAGUCCCAGCAGAGAUGUUCAGCAAUGAACCAUCAGUGAUGGAAUGUGAAAUUAUUGAUGGUCAAGUUUCAGAUAUUUCUCCAAAUAACGUUGUAGAAAAUGUUGGAAUAAUGAUUGACAUACAUGAAUAGAAAGUGCAUGUAAAAAUUUAUUCACUGUAAAAUGACUUUUUUCCCUGUCUUUCGUAUAAAGGAAAAUGAACUCAUUCGUUUGAAUUCUCAUUGUGUGUAUGUAUGUGUAUAUAUAUAAAACUUGUAAUUAAUAUUGCAUUUUUUAUAUUUGUAUGUGUAUAUGUUAUAUGCUAUUACAGAAAUAAAAUUAAUUUAAUUCAAAAUCA